AGCCAAGUGUACCGGGUGGGGGGAAGGGUAUAUUUAUGUUUUCUUUUUAUUUUACUUGUUGAAAGUAAACGUUACCUUUCUCUUCACGGUAUAUAACCUUUUUUUUUUUUUUUAAACCAUGGAUUUUGUGUAACAUACCGAAUUCUAGUUUGGAGAAGAAAACACCUCUUAGUUGUGUGACCCCGGGCAAAUCGUUUAAGUUCUUUGUUUCUCGGUUUCUGCAUCGGAAAAUGAGGCUAAUAACAGUAUUUAUCUCAUAGUUUUAGGAUAAUUAAAUAAGUUUAUAUGAAAAGCAUUUAAAACAGUUCCUGGCAAAUAGCAUACACCAUAAAAAUAUUCAUUAAAUAAGAUACAAAGAAACAUGUCAAUGAGGGAGACCCAGUAAGAACCAGAAAAUUCCAAGUUUGUUAUCAAAGCUCUUCACUCACAGGGCUUUAAUCCAGAUGCCCUCGUUAACUCCUACUAACGCCUUUCCCAGUGUCACCAGGGAGUGAGUAGAAAUAAAGCUCCUAUCCCACCUCUUGGGAUUGUCCCCUCCCCUGAAAGGCCCAUAAUCUCCUUGCAUGUCAGCCUCUUCUCCUCAGAAGUGAUUAAGGGGCCAGGCGCCAAAGCAGAUUAGAGGAACAGUCUGUGGGGUGCUCUGGGCAGGGAUACUCUACUGAGUUCAACCACCCUGCACUCCAAGAAUCAGCACCCAUGGCCCUUGUGCCAGGGAGCAGCGAGGAUGGGCCUUGGCCUAGAGAUAGCCCAGGCUCCUCCCAGCAACCGGAAAGUCCUAGACUCACCAACCCUCUCUGGGACGACAGAGGAGAAAUUGGCCAGGUUGAAGGUCACCAGGAUGUUCAGGUUGUCUGUCAAAAGACCCGCCUCCCCUCCAUCGCGGUGGAAGCCGCUGAGGCUGAAGGGAGUGAAGAGAGUGGGGAGCUCCGGUGGCCACACAAGGAGCUGCAGCUGCUCACUGAUGAUGAGGAAGAGGAGGUUGAGGUCUUCCAGGACCAAAGUGAAGAACCAGGCUGGACUUGGAGCUCACUGGACCCCAAAUCUCCCUUAAGAACCUUUAACCCAGAACUCAGCUGGGGGCAGGAACAGGUAGAUCAAGAUGCCUACUGGAUUCCAGAGGAGACAGAUUGUCAGGAAGCCCCCAAUCCCUGUCCUCUCUGGGACUCGGCAUCAGGUUCCCAUGUGUGCAGAAGCUACUUUGUGGAAUAUUCCCAUUUCCUGCCUCCCAGGAGCUUUGAGGGAUCUGAAGAAGAAGCUGUUCAAGCGACGGCGGGUGUUGAACCGGGAGCGGCGACUGAAGCACCAGGUGGUCGGGGCUGUGAUAGACGAAGGGCUGAUCACGAGGCACCACCUCAAGAAGCGGGCGUCCAGUGCACGUGCCAACAUUACUCUGUCUGGGAAGAAGCGCAGAAAACUCCUCCAGCAGAUCCGGCUUGCCCAGAAAGAGAAAGCAGCCAUGGAAGUGGAAGCCCCCCUCAAGUCAGCCAAGACUAGUGAACCACAGCCCAAAUCAAAAAAGAAGACAAAAGUCCCCCAGGAUGUAGACAUGGAGGACCUUGAAGAUAAGAGCUAAAUGUCACACCCCUUCCACCAGAAGAUUCUCAGCUGGAGCCAGGAGGACUCGAUGGUUAUUUCAGAGGACUUUGGAGAAAGCGUUGCUCCUUUUCACUGUCCCCAGAUUCCUCUUCCCUAAUGGCCUAGUGACCUGCCCUGGAGGGAUAUAUUGAGAGGUAGAGGGUAGAAAAGAAAGAUUGGAGAGGGGGUCCUAAGCAGUCAACUCCGUUUGUAAAAAAGCCCUAGCAUUCUCACUGAGAUGUGUGUGAUUAAAUGUAGGAAUGGGGAUAGGCCAUGAAAAGGGGCUGUGAGUGUGGAAACAAGACAAUUGGGAAACAGGACCCACAGCUCUUACUUGACCAAAGGCAACAAGAAGCUACCCUCCAUGAUGGCCCUGUCUCCCCGAUGAGUGACACUCCAUCUUUCCAUUUCUGACAAAAAUAAGGUAUUCUGUAGAGAUAGCAGAGGAGGUAAUGGUCUUGAUACUGGCCCUACCACCUCCUCUGUGUGACCAGGGUGGACAAGUGACCGUGGUUGUCUCUGCUUCCUUUGCUGGAUUAUAUUUUUAUAAAGUGAACAUUAUUUUUCCCUUUUAACGUUCAGAAAUUCUGUUUGUUGGAAGCCAGGGCUGGGGUGGUUAAUUAAAGUGAGAAGCUAUGUGUGCAGAGAUGUGGUCAACUGGGGAAAAGCAUAUUCUCUCCUUGCUCUGUUAAUCAGUGCAGGCUUCCUGGAAGAGGGAGGGUUUGGGUACAGUGUUGUGCUCCGCCCUCCUCAAGUUUAUAUUUUGAACAUUUUCAAACCUUCGGUAAAGUUAAGAAAUUAGCACACUGAGCCCUUAAAUACGCACUCUACUUGGAUUUACCACUGUUUAUUGUUUCCUCAAUCCAGACACCGUUAAGGAUCACGCAUAGCAUUUAAUUGUCAUGUCCCUUUAGUCUCCUUCAAUCCAGAACAGUACCCCUACCUUGUCUUAGGUGACUUGGUGUCUUCGAAGAGUCUAGCCUAAAUUAAUUAAUUAAAGAAUAUCUCACAGCC